CACUCCGCGGUCGGGAGCGCGCUCACAGCCGCGCCUGCUCUCCGCUCUUCCUCGCCUCUCGUCGGCGGCGACGACGCGGCGUAGUAGACGUUGAGGCUGCGGGAAGGCAACGAGCACCAGAUCAGGAUGAAUAGCGGCGGCGGUUUCACCUUGGGCCUGGGCUUCGGCCUGACCAACACGGCUGUGAUUCAGGUGACUAACCUGUCGUCGGCGGUGACCAGCGAGCAGAUGCGGACCUUGUUCACUUUCCUGGGAGAAAUCGAAGAGCUGCGUCUCUACCCCCCGGACAACGCACCUCUUGCUUUUUCCUCCAAAGUAUGUUAUGUUAAGUUUCGUGACCCAUCGAGUGUUGGUGUGGCCCAGCAUCUAACUAACACGGUUUUUAUUGACAGAGCUCUGAUAGUUGUACCCUGUGCAGAAGGUAAAAUUCCAGAAGAAUCCAAAGCCCUUUCUUUACUGGCUCCUGCUCCAACUAUGACAAGUCUGAUGCCUGGUGCAGGAUUGCUUCCUAUACCAACUCCAAAUCCUUUGACUACACUUAGUGUCUCACUUAGCAGCUUGGGAGCUAUACCAGCAGCAGCACUAGACCCCAACCUUGCAACACUCGGAGAGAUACCACAGCCACCACUUAUGGGAAAUGUGGAUCCUUCCAAAAUUGAUGAGAUUAGAAGGACUGUCUACGUUGGAAACUUGAAUUCCCAGACUACCACAGCUGAUCAGCUACUUGAAUUUUUUAAACAAGUUGGAGAAGUGAAGUUUGUUCGUAUGGCAGGUGAUGAGACUCAGCCAACUCGAUUUGCUUUUGUGGAAUUUGCAGAUCAGAACUCUGUACCACGAGCUCUUGCUUUUAAUGGAGUGAUGUUUGGAGACAGGCCACUGAAAAUAAAUCAUUCCAACAAUGCAAUAGUAAAGCCCCCUGAGAUGACUCCUCAGGCUGCUGCUAAGGAACUAGAAGAAGUUAUGAAGAGAGUGCGAGAAGCGCAGUCAUUUAUCUCAGCAGCUAUUGAACCAGAGUCUGGAAAGAGCAAUGAAAGAAAAGGAGGCAGAUCUCGUUCCCAUACUCGUUCAAAAUCCAGGUCUAGCUCAAAAUCACAUUCUAGAAGGAAAAGAUCACCAUCAAAACACAGGAGCAGAUCCCAUAACAGGUCACGUUCGAGACAAAAAGAUAGGCGUAGAUCCAAGAGUCCCUACAAAAAACGUUCUAAGUCUAAGGAGAGACGGAAGUCAAGGACUCGUUCACGGUCACGGGACAAGAAAAAAGAAAAAGAAAAUCGAGAAAAGAUCAAAGAAAAAGAAAGACUGAGAGAAAAAGAAAGGGAUAGAGACAGAGAAAGGGAAAAGGAACGGAGUAAAAAUAAAGAAAGAGAUCGAGAAAAGGACAGAGAGAGAGAUCGGGAAAAAGAUCAAGAAAAAGAGCAGGAAAAGGAGCGAGACAAAGAAAAGGAGCAGGACAGAGAGAGAGAACGAGAAAAGGACAGAGCCAGAGAGAUAGAUGAAAAAAGAAAGAAGGAUAAGAAAUCCAGAACACCUCCCAGAAGUUAUAAUGCAUCAAGAAGAUCUCGUAGUUCCAGCAGAGAAAGACGUAGGAGGAAGAGUAGAAGUCCUUCUAAAUCACCAAAAACAUCAAAAACCCUAAAAAGAAAGUCUUCUCGGUCUCCAUCACCCCGGAGCAGAAAUAAGAAGGAUAAAAAGAAGGAAAAAGAAAAGGACCAAAACAUAGAAAGAAAAGAGAGAGAACGUUCAACAUCUAAGAAAAAGAGCUUUAAAGACAAAGAUGCAAAAGACAAAUUGGAAAAGAACACAAGUACAUUGAAGGAGAAAGAACACAGUAAGGAAGUACCAGAUAUAGGAAGUGAAAAAAUAGACGAUGACAAAGAAGCUCCAAAGACUGAAGAAAACAAAGUACAGCAGAAUGGGAAUUGCCAACCAAAUGAAGAAAACCUUACUGCCAAGGCAGAAACGGUAUAGGGCCAAUAGAUAUGUCCCACUAAACUCAGCUGUAUAGUGGAAUCCAAAGGUUUUAAUUCUCUCAUUAAGAAGCCAACAAUAAAGCAGUCCAGUCAAAUAUCGAUGUGUAUGAACAGCUCUUAUAGUUGUCAGAUGACUUUAUGGUCAUCUUAUUAUAGAGAAAGGAAACCAAGCAUGGACAUUAUGAAAACGAGGGACAUUGCCCAAACUGACUUAUCUAAAAUCCAUGCAUUUCCAUGAUGGCUGACCUACUUUUGAAAUGAUUUGUUAAGUGUUUGCCACGGACCAUUACAAAGAUCUAAAUCUGCAAUGCUCAGAAAAACGGAAGAUAACGCAUUGGAGGCUGUUCAAAUACUGCUAGUUAUUGAAUUUUGUAUUUUGCUUUUUUGUUUUAAUUUCAAUAUAUAUUGUUUGAUGAUGUGCUUGAAAAUGGUGCAAAAUAUAUAAAUACACCCCUGUAAAUGAAAUAAGACAUUACUUCACGGUUUUACAGUGAUCGUGUUAAAUGCCUACUAAUAGGUUUUCAUUUGCUCACAAUUUGGGGACACCAGUUCUUUAUCUAAAAUAUUUUUUCAGAUUAAAAUUGCUUAAAUGUGUGGAUUUUUUAAAAAGUAGUUUAGUGGUGCAUGCUAACUGUUCUAUUCCAAAAAAGGAAAAGCAACCAUGUUGAAUACUAAUAUGCUUAAAUUUUUUUCCUCCCAAAGUGAGCGUAUCUUUUAACCUUUGUUAAUAUUUUGAAGUUUAUUUUUGUGUCUGGUCAGCUGCAAAUGGCAUAGGUGUUCUUAACAAAAGGAAACCUGGUUUUCAAAACAGGCUAUGGGAGCACAAGCUGAAGCUUUAGUGCCUUCUAGUGUUUUCUAGUAUUUUAUAUGUGCUAGUCAUUCUCAGUUCAUACUGAACCUAGAUAGCUAUUCCACCCACCCCCAUAGAGAAACGUGCAAAUAGUAUGGAAGAACAGCUUCUUAGUUCACCUAAUACAAGAAAGAGGUUAGGUCUUUAAGGACAGGUCUAUAGCAUGAAGCAAAAAUACAGUUUAGGGACCAUUGGUUUUAUACUCUUGUAGCUGAAAGUGAAGCAUGUUCUUAUUUUGCCUAAAUCAAAGGAAGCCCUUUAAUUCUCUACAUUGGAUGGCCUUAAUCAUUACCUCGCAAUCAUUUUCUCUAAUGCUGGUUAUGUGAUGUGCAAAAACUGUACCUGAAAGGGGUAAAGGUAUGUAUGGCUUUUUCUUUUUUUUCCCCCAAAGGGUUAAAUUUACUUGAGUUUAAACUACAACUCAUUAGUCAUUCUUGGGGUCAGCUUUUUGUAAGAAAGCACUUACGUAAGAGAAUGACAUUUAUGAAAAUUUUUUUCCAAAAAGCUCAACUCAUGCUUUCAGAAUUCCUUACAUCAUUGUUAUAUUUUCCCAAGAAGUCAUACCUUUUAAUUAGCUCUUAAUAUUAAAUCAAGUAUAAUUAUUUUAAUGCAACAUAAUACAAUCAAAUUUACUCAGUUGCCUUACCUCAUGGGAAGUUACUUCUGUAAAUUUAGAAAGCUGAAUAGUGUGCUCCUUACCUGCUUUUCAUUUGAUUUUCCUUUAAUGGUUAAUACUGUUGAAACUAAAGUUUUGUGGAGAAUGGAAAGUUGCCCGUAUUUCAAGUAAUGAAUCCUGGUUUGAUUAUGAAGCUGCUUAAUCACUCUUCACAUGUUCAGAAUUAUAGUUUUUUGCCACUGUGUACAUUAAAACUUUGUAAAAUGCUUUACUGUGUAAAGUAUAGAUGGUCAUUUUUAAUGCUUCAGCCACAUUCAGUUGGCUGGUAAAACAGCUUAUUCUCAUAAAAGAGUAACUUGUGUGGAUGGAAAGACCAGAGGAUUGUGUAUUUUGCAACAACUGUCUUAUUUAUGAUAUGUAAGUAGUGUAGAGCAAACAUUGUUUGUUAUCCUUAAUACCAUUUCACUAAUAAAACCAAGUGUUUCAGAGGGAA